UGGGGAGCUAAGAAAUAAAAUUGAAAACCUAGCAAGAAUGCAGUGCGUAAAACGUAAAAUUAGAGAAAGAAGCUUUUGUACUUUUUUAAUAAAUAAAAAAUUUUUAAUUUAGCAAAAAAUAUUCCGAAUUAAAAAAAAUCAAAAUUUUUUUAAUUUUUUUAAUGCUCCUCAUGAAUACUUCACUUGAGCCAGUGCCAGUAAACACAAACAGAGAAAAAUAUUUGUUGAUCAUAUUUUUCAUGAAAGUUCAAGCCAACAAGAGUUCAAGCUACAGAAACUUCAUAGGACUGGUUGGGAUCAAAAAACCAGCAGUGUGUCGAUGUUCAGAACAUGGAAGACAUCGGCCUCGACGGACUUCUUACCUUAAGCGAGAUGCAACUGACUGACAUACUCAGAACAAACAACUUGAAGUGCUCGUCUUCUUGGGCCAAACCUCGACUUGCCGAGGAAAUCAUGGAGCAGUUGGCCGAGUUCGAUGUGAGGCCCGAACCAGAGCUGAAAAUGGCACGUCUCCGUUGCUUGAUAAGGCAAGCUAUUUGUUGGACGAAGUGCUACGCCACAUUGGCUUAUUGUGAAACUUGCAAGGAUGCCUGCAUUGAAGACAACUCGCUGCGCGGAGAUCCCAUCGCCUGUUCCGCUUGCAAGACAGUCAUGGGUAACGUCAGGGACACCAUAGUCAGAGCCUUUGUAGUGGACGUACGUGCCGAUGACCAAACAGAGGCAGGAAAUGACAAUGUGUUUGAUUUACGUGGGCUUGAUCAGGAGACUCGCCUGAUUUUGUAGGGGAAAAAGCAGUUUCGACUCCAAAGACUGCGCCAUUUGAGUGUUUACCAGCUCCAGAAAAUCCUGAAAAACCACGGACAAAAGCCCAAAAGCAACGACGGUGUUCCGAUUUUGGCCCAAGCAGUUGAAGAACUCCUCAAGACAUUGAACCCAUCAAAGUCUAUCCCAGAGACAACGCUUGGAUGUUUUGUUUGCCAGUCUGCACCAGUUGAGAGUAUCCUCAGUCGCUGCUCUCAUAUUGGGCUAUUGGAAAAAAAUCGUUCUGCUGGCUAUUUCCAAACUUUUCUGGACUGAGGGCAAGUACAAGAGGUGUCCAACUUGAUAUAAGCAACCUCAAGAAGUACAGCAAGCGUUCAAGAGUUGAAGAACACGAGACAAAUCAACCAAAAUAUGACCGCCCAUCAUGAUUAUAACUUUGAUCCAAAACUUAAGAAUAGGUGCGGUCUGAGAAUGCGAUCUGUUUGACUUGAUAUUUAAAUAAAAGUCUUUUGUACUUUCGA